UUAUGCAUACAGCGACGGAAUCCUCUUCUAAAGUGCUAUUGUGUUUCUAUCGAUCCAUUCUUAGCCGUGAGUGAAGAUGGCUCGCUUUGUGUGUCGCACGCAAUAGGUAUAUCCACGGUUGACGUUCUAUAUAAUGACUGCACUAAAAACAGACACUACAGAAAACGACUGAUAUUCCAAUACAAUUCAGAGUAUUCAUUUGUUGAACAUUGCAGUAACAAGCCGCAGCCUUGAUUUCGAAAUGAGGGACAUGACUUGACGACCCCUCAUUUCCGAAGACGAAAGAGAAAGCGAGAUUUGAAAGAUGACUCGCAAAACUGCUUUCGUGCUGAUUUCGACAGUGGCGGUGAUUGGUUUAACCUACAUGUACGUCAUCUCCAAGAGACUUGUUUUACACUUUCAACCUCACGAUGGCGGCUUCGAGGUCCGCAGUUUACAGCGAAAGCGCCCAACUUCUGCGCACGCACGGGCCAAGGCCCCGCCCACCGCCACUUGCACCGAGCAUGCGCUGAGCAAGAAAGUGAAUAAGGUUGUCCUGACGACAACAAAUGCCGCCUUUCUAGACUUCACAGACAACUGGCUGGAGAGCAUCAAGCGGACUGGGGCGUGUCCCAACAUCACCAUAGUAGCCGAGGACGACGUCACCCUGACGUAUUACACCAAGAGGCUGACCGACUACCCCGGCCUACACGUCGUCAGAACAGACUCCGGUGUGACCUCCUCCAAGCCUUUGAUUUUCGACACACCCAUAUACAGACACUUUGUGAAUAAACGUCAGAGAUACAUCCAGGAGUACUUACACAACGGAUACGAAGUUUUGUUCACCGAUGUGGAUACCUACUGGUUCAGGGACCCGUACCCCUUCUUUGAGGGUAACUUUGAUUUGGCGGUAGAGGAGGACAUAUCUAGGUUUUACUGCGCUGGGUUCGUGUAUUUCAAACCCACGAACCGGACGCUGAAAUUCCUCCAAGAUUGGAUCCAAUUUAUGGAGUCAGACACCAGACUAAAACCGGAUCAGGAGGUCAUGAAUAAACUCAUCGAGCAAAGGAAGGUGCCCCGGCUGAAGGUCAGGGUGCUAGACUCCAAGCACUUUCCUAAUGGGAAGCUUUACUCUAGUCGUGAGUGGAGAGGAUAUCACAAGAGAGACGUGGUGGUCAUGCAUAACAAUUUCAUUAUUGGGCAUGACAAGAAACUUGAACGCUUUCAUAAUUACGGAUUGUGGUUACUUCAAAAUGAAACUGCAAUGGGGAGAACCCCCUCCCCCUUGUAUAUCCAAUAUAAGCAUUACUAUGGGAAUGAACCCUUACGCCAAGUAAACAUUGGAAGCAGUUCAGUUUCUCAAAAGAUGAGUUCCAACAUACCAAGCAGCACAAGGAAAAACAGGUCGACGCUGAGAUACGGUUCUUUCGGAUUGGUUUUCUUGGCAGCCAUUGGCUUUUACGCCUCGGUUCAACUUUCUGAUACCAAGCACCAACCGCAUAGCCUUCCAAAGGUGUUUGCUAAAGGAAAGGGUCAGAGUUCACUGCGCACAAUUCAACCCGCACAUGCGCACGAGGACGAGACACAAGACACUCCCAAUGUACCACCGGACGCGCGGAAUGUGAAUCACCAAUGUUGUACCAAAACUGACGUGGAGAGACGCCCCGGCAAAAUCGUCCUGACCACGACAAAUGCCACCUUCACAGACAUCACCGACAACUGGCUAGAGAGCGUCAGACGCACGGGGGCGUGCCCCUACAUCACCAUAGUAGCCGAGGAUGACGUCACUAUGACGUACUACUCCAAUAUAACAGCCCGGUAUGCAGGGCUCCACGUCGUGAGAACUAAACACAGAAAGAUCUCCACGAAUCUAUCGGAGUUUGCUCCGGGUCGUCAAUUUGUAGAGAAGAGGCUGAGAAUUGCUCUGCCCUUGCUGCAGGAUGGCUACGAAGUUCUUUCGAUGGAUGCAGACACGUUCUGGUUUCGCGAUCCGUUUCCUUACUUUCAGGAUGAUUUCGACCUGGCUGUGAUGGAGCUUGACCUUCCGGCGUUCUACGGCGCCGGUUUCGUCUACUUCAAACCUUCCAAGAACACGAUUGCAUUCCUCAAAGAGUGGAUGCUUGCCUUGAAUACGAAUGAGACAUUAAACCCCGAGCAGGUUAUGAAUGAACUCAUCCAGCGAAAGCAGGUCCCGGGGUUAGAGGUCAGCAUUUUAGGCUCGGACAGCUUUCCAAAUGGGGAACACUUCUUUGACCAAAAGUGGCGCGAAAACAAGAAAGAGAUUGUAGUGGUGCGCGAUAACGCGGUGGUCGAGCAUGAUGUGAAGGUGGAACGCUUCAAAGAGCGUGGUUUAUGGUUCACUGAAGAAGGCACCGGUACCUCCAAUAAAUGUGUUUGAAAUAAAUAACCUUUAACUAAAUAUGAGAAUGUU